CUCAUGGUGUGGGUGUUGGAGCAUAUUCCUGCCUUUGCAAGGGAACUCUUCAAGCCCGAUGACCCUGUUUAUCCUAGCGAGUUCCCGCUAUCUUGUAGUUGGGGAUUAUUGCUUCCCAAUGUGCUUUCUAAUAGGCACAAAGAGAAGAACUACAAGCAGCACCUGGAUCAUCUUUGGGAAGACGAAAAUCAGGUUACUUGGCAGCCUUAGGCUUGGCGAGAACUUUCUCCCCGAAGAGAUUAGGAGCCAGCGACGGAUGGGGAGGUUUCGGGGCAUUUUGAUUCACCCGUUUCACAGGCAGCCCCUCAUAUUCCAUCGUCCCGAUCUUUGCCCAAGUAAACUUGGGUUUAGAGAGGCUGAUGUGACCCAUUGUCUCCCCAUGCUUGAAGAUCGCAAAAGAUUCCGAAAUUGGCAGCAUCAUGUAAGAGAGUGGGAGAAGUUGGAGGAUUGCUUCGUGAUGAACCCAGAUGAGCAAGAUGGCGACCCCUCUGUGCAAGCGAACUCAGCUGAGCAAGCAGAUGAGCAAGAGGGCGAGCCCUCGGUGCAAGGGAACCUGUGGGAAGGCAGAACCCAAAGGUUUUGUCAAAGGAAGAGAAGAAGGGUCAACGAACCAGUACUACAACAGCUUUAUCGAUCAGAUGAGCAAGCUGGGUCCUCAGAGCAAGCGAACUCGAGUGAAGGCAGAACCCAGUCUGUAGCUUGUACACCGCCAGCACUACCGCCGCCAUCACAGACACCAUCAUCGGAGCCAUCGUCAUCUAUCAUAACUCGUAUUUUUAACUAUUUUUUUAAGUAAUUUGAGUUAACAUUUACCAAA